AUGCUCGCCCGUCUCGCCCUCGUCUCGGCAUCGCUGCUAGCCCUUCCAUUGGCCUCGGCUGCGCCUGCCGCCGCCGUUCACCACCACGACCGUCGUGACGCGGUCACCACUGUGAUCCAGUACGUCGACAAGAACGGAAACCCGAUCUCGGCUGCGGCCACGGCCACGGCCACCUCCGCGGCUAGCACGUCGUCGUCAUCGUCAUCAAGCUCUUCGUCCGCGGCCUCGUCUUCGGCGUCUUCCUCCUCCUCGACUUCCUCCUCCUCUGGCUCCUUCCAGGACGGCACUAUCAAAUGCUCGGACUUCCCUUCCGGAAACGGCGUGGUCGAGCUCUCAUGGGUCGGUCUAGGCGGCUGGGCCUCUGUCAUGGCCCAGGACGGCAGCACCGCGGAAUCGUGCCAGGACGGCUUUUUCUGCUCUUACGCGUGUGAGCCAGGCAUGUCCAAGACCCAAUGGCCCUCGGAACAGCCCUCCGACGGAAGAUCCGUCGGAGGUCUGGAGUGUCGCGACGGAUAUCUGUACCGUACCAACCAAGACUCCAGCAACUUGUGCGAGGACGGCGCCGGUACCGCGUACGCCGUCAACAACAAAAACUCCGAGAUCGCCAUGUGCCGUACUGACUACCCUGGCUCCGAAAACAUGGUCAUCCCCACUGUCGUGGGCGCCAACUCCAAACAGCCCGUCUCUGUGGUGGACGAGGACUCGUACUACACCUGGGGCGGCAAAAAGACCUCUGCCCAGUACUACGUCAACAACGCCGGUGUUAGCCAGGAAGACGGCUGCAUCUGGGGCACCGACGGUUCUGGCGUGGGCAACUGGGCCCCCGUCGUCCUCGGUGCAGGCCACACCAGCGGCAACACGUAUCUGUCGAUCAUCCCCAACCCCAACAACAAGGAAACGCCCAACUUCAACGUCAAGAUCGAGGCCACGGACGGGUCCAGCGUCAACGGCGAGUGUUCUUACGAAAAUGGCCAGUACUCGGGCUCUGGCUCGGACGGCUGCACCGUGACGGUGACGUCUGGGUCCGCCAACUUUGUGUUCUACUAG